UUAUUUUUUUUAUCACAAUCCACAUCCUCAUUAAGGGUAAAGAAACUUUUCUCUAGUUAAUGGAAAUUCUUCCCCUUCACAGUUUCAUUGGAGUUCACAGUAAACUCUAGAAAUUAACUAGACAACUGGGCAUUCACAGUUUUCUCAAUUUUUUGAUUUUACUAAGAAGUUACUACACUUUUCUAUGUUAUAUGUAAAUGUAAAGAAAUUAAGUAGGCAAUUCACUAAUAGAAAUGGCUGAGCAAUUAGAGGAUCUAGUAAACUCUAGAAAAUCUAGACUUUCUCUAUGUUAAUUCAACCAUAAAGAAAUUAUUUAAACUUUUUACCAUUUGGAUCUGUAGCCUGAGCCAUAGGUUAAGCAAUCCGGCAGUAGCAGAGACAGAAUUAAGUAGUCCAACGGAUCAUAUGGUAGAUGGCUUUGAGUUUGAUAGUAGUAGUCCAGAACUCUAGAUGGAUUUGGCAGUAGCAGUGUGUAGUUGUCCACUCCAGCAGCAAUGUGGCUCCGAUAGUAGCUCCAAUAGCAAAUUAGUAGGCGACAAUGAAGGGUUUGAGGGUUUGAGGUUUAGGGUGAAAGUGAGGGCAGAAGGGUGGCAAUGGGAUUUAGGGUCAAGAUUCUUGAAGAGUGCAGACGGCAGAAGAGGAGUGUAGACGACAAAAGGGGAAGGGAAGGUCGAAGGUGAGAGUGAGGUUAGGGUUAAAUGGUUAAUGAUGGGUUAGGUUGGGUUGGGUUGGGUUGGGUUGGGUUGGGUUAAGUUUAAUUUUUAUUGGAUUGGGUUCGGGUUUGGGUUUGAAAGUUGAAUUAAAUUUAAAAUAAAGUUAAUUUAUAUAUUUUUUAAAUUUUUGGUGGGGAUGAGGAUCCAUGCGGAGCCCAACGAGGCAGGAGAAAUUCCUUAUGAAAUUUCAUGAGGGAAAAAUGCCCUCAUCCUCGAGGCAAAUUGCCACCCCUACUCAGAGGGAGAUGCUGUGUAAAGAUUAUACCAAAGUGAAUAUUAACGAGGUGACAAUUUUUUUCAUCAUUGUCUUAGCAAUUUCCUUUAUUUCUUUUGAUUUUCCAUUAUUAUUUCCCUAAAUCAAACUAACAAUGGCUGUGUUAGACUGGAAACACUAUGCUCAUCCAAGCGUUGUUGACACAUGAACCUCUGAUGAAGGAGUUCCUCUCUGUUUUUACUGCAUCACCAACCUAAAUCCAAGUUCUCUUCAUCUUGAAGUUUUUUGCUUUUCUUUUUUAUAUUUUUUGGGGUCUCUUACUUUUCUCUUCUUAUUCUGAUUUUUUUUUUUUUUUAGAUUUGAUAAUUUUUUUUUUGGUAAAUAAAGAAAGUAUUAUAAA